AUGGAUCCUAAAAAAAGUAGAAUAAGUAAACUCGAAUCACUUUCUCAAGAUCUGUUGGGCAUAAUAGUUUCAAAAGCCGGUGCUAUCUCCGCCAAAGAUUUUCAUAAUUGCAUCCUCUCAUGCAAAAAACAGCGGCAAAUGACAAACAUGUUCUCGGGUGUGUUGGUGAAGAAACCACUACAUUCGAUCCAAUACUUUUCAAAUAAAAAAUACCUUGAAAACAACAACCUAGAUGCCAACUAUAUUCAACGUAUCAUACAAUACUUCAUCCUUAAUGACUAUGACAUAGGUCUCCGCCACCUGGGCUUGGCAGCUAAUGCAUGGAAGGUUGAAUCAAUUAGCUACUUUUAUGCCAUUAUACUACUUUGUUGGGGUAGGAUUAUAGAAGACAAAAACUAUUUCAACAAGCUUAAGUGCUACCAUAGUUAA